UAUAUACAUAUUUAGGUGGAAGAUAUGGAGAUUUUGCAAAUCAAUUCUCGACAUCUAAAUCAACAUGCUUAGUACCAAAAAGAAAUUACGUUGCAAAACGUUUGCAUUCCAAAAAAUCAAUGGACUACUGGGUUAUAAUUCGUACAUUUAUUGGACAACCCAAUAAUUACACCGAGUAUAAUUACUUCCAAGCAAUAUUAUACACAAUACUGUUGUGUACGAUAAUACUACACGUGUUUUUCAGUUCGAAACUUGCAGUACUCGUUAUCAAACCCACUUAUCCAAAUAAAAUUGAAACACUUGAUCAAUUAGCAAAGAGUAAUUUAAAAUGGUAUUCGGCAUCAAAUGGCGUGGCAAGCGCAAUAGAAUUUGAAACACAUGAGCCGUAUAAAACUUUAUAUCGCAAUUUUCGAGAAAUCAGUAACGAUCAAUUGCCCACUCUCAAAGGAAACGAAUAUGCUUAUGUUAUCGAUGUAUCAAGAUACUAUUUCUAUACGGUAAAUCCGUACUUUACGCUGGAGCGUCUACAAAAUUUUCAAAUAAUGCGUGAAACAUUGUCGUACCAAUACAUAUCACUUUAUUUCCGACGAAAUUCGGUACUCGUUCCUUCGAUAAACAAGUUUGUUUCAAGAUGUCUGGCUACUGGACUCAUCAAAUAUUGGGAUUUAGAAGCAAAUGUAGUUGCUGACGAUGCGGCGCGACAAAAUUACUUGAGUCAAACCAAAGAAGUUGAUGAAUUUAUAGAUUUAAACGUUGCACAAAUUUCCGGAAUACUAAUCAUAUGGUUCAUUGGAUUGUGUUUAUCAAGUGUUGUGUUUAUAAUCGAGAUACUAACAAAAAUCAAACUUUUAAAGAUAGAUUCAAAACAUGGGACAAACGAGAAUUUACUCCAUAAAUACUGA